AUGCCUGCCCUCGUUAAUUACAGUGGUGAUGAUGAUUUCUACGCUGCGGGUUCUUUUUACUCAAAUCCCAUGGAUUUGGGUUGCCUGUUGUCAAUUGGCCCCAGUGCGUAUUACCGUCCUAGCAAGCGGGCUCGCAAUGAUUCCCAAUUUGCCUUCGAAGGGAGCGAUUUUGAGCAAGUCAGGAAGCCUUCAAUUGAAGUUCUUCCUGAUGAAUGUCUCUUUGAGAUCUUCAGACGCCUGGAUGGUGGUAAAGAAAGGAGCUCAUGUGCAUGCGUCUCUAAGAAGUGGCUUAUGCUCUUAAGCAGUAUCCGCAAGGUUGAUCUUUGCAAAAGCCCAGCUGCAGAUAAGGUGAUUCAACCCUUGAAGCUUGACAAUUCAGAUGACACUGAAAUUACCACUGGUGAAGAAGAUCAAGAACUGGAAAAUGAUGGUUACCUCACAAGGUGUUUGGAAGGGAAGAAAGCGACAGAUAUUAGACUUGCUGCUAUUGCCGUUGGAACCAGUAGCCGUGGGGGACUGGGUAAGCUAUCGAUUCGAGGUAGCAACUCAUUCCGUGGGGUUACCAACCUUGGCCUCUCAGCAGUUGCUCAGGGGUGCCCUUCUCUCAAGUCUCUUUCUUUAUGGAACGUCUCUUCUGUUGGUGACGACGGUCUGAUUGAGAUAGCUAAAGGAUGCCCUUUGUUGGAGAAGUUUGAUCUUUGCCAGUGCCCCUCAAUUUCCAACAGAGGUUUGAUUGCAAUUGCAGAGAGAUGCCCAAAUUUGACUGCUUUGAAUGUUGAAGCCUGUUCUAGGAUCGGUAAUGAGGGCUUGCAAGCUAUUGGAAGGUUUUGCUCCAAGCUGCAGUCCAUAUCUAUCAGAGACUGCACUCUUGUUGGAGAUCAUGGAGUUUCUAGUCUGUUAUCAUCAGCUUCUUCUGUGCUAACGAAGGUAAAGCUUCAGGCUUUGAACAUCACAGAUUUCUCUCUAGCCGUGAUUGGGCAUUAUGGCAAGGCUGUUACCAAUUUAGUUCUUAGUGGUCUCCAGAAUGUAAGUGAGAAAGGCUUUUGGGUCAUGGGUAAUGCUCAAGCUCUGCAGAAUCUGGUUUCAUUGACAAUUACUUCCUGUCGGGGAACUACAGAUGUCAGUCUUGAAGCCAUUGGCAAGGGUUGCACAAAUUUGAAGCAGAUGUGCCUUCGCAAGUGUUGCUUUGUGUCUGACAAUGGGCUGGUAGGUUUUGCCAAAGCUGCAGGAUCGCUUGAGAGCUUGCAACUGGAGGAGUGUAACAGGGUUACCCAAGCAGGGAUAAUUUCUGCCCUCUCGAACUGUGGAGCAAAGCUGAGAUCUCUUACUCUAGUGAAGUGCAUGGGAAUCAAGGAUAUAGGUUCAGCAGUACCUAUGCCCUCUUGUUGCAUAUCGCUUCGAUCCUUGUCCGUUCGAAACUGCCCUGGCUUUGGUAGUGCUAGCCUGGCCCUGGUAGGAAGGUUGUGCCCUCAGCUCCAGAAUGUAGACCUGAGUGGUCUCUAUGGAAUGACAGAUGCUGGGAUUCUCUCGCUUCUAGAGAGUUUGGAGGAAGGACUUGUCAAAGUGAAUCUUAAUGGUUGCUUGAAUUUGACAGAUGAAGUAGUUGUGGCGUUAGCUAGGCUACAUGGGGAGACUCUGGAGGUACUGAGUCUCGAUGGGUGCAGGAAGAUUACUGAUGCAAGCUUGGCGGCAAUUGCAGACAACUGCUUGUUUCUUCGUGAGCUAGAUGCAUCCAAGUGUGCAAUCACGGAUUCUGGCCUUGCUUUCCUUUCUUGUGCAGAUCGGAUCAAUUUGCAAGUCCUCUCCAUUUCUGGCUGUUCUGAAAUAUCACACAAGAGCCUCUCUUCCCUGAAGAAAUUGGGCAAGACCCUGGUGGGGUUGAAUCUCCAAAACUGUACUGCAAUCAGCAACAGAUCAGUUGAGCUACUUGUCGAGAGCUUGUGGAGAUGUGAUAUCCUGGCCUAA